CCCAGCGCAGGCGUCUCAGGACGCGCGAAAUUUCCCAACCGGUGGCGGGACGCGAGCCCAGCAGCCACGGGGGAGAGGGGAUGGCCCAACAUACUGCUGUCCCUAAAUUGAGCUUUCAGUAUUGGCUGGAUAAGGCUGUUGCGUGGGGUCAAACCACCACUUUGGAAUCCCAGCAAGAUGUCUGCCUUCAGUUGCCUAAAUUACAGGAGUUUCUACAGCAGAUUUAUGAAUCCUUGAAACAUAUGAAUUCCACUACUGCACUUCAGAGGUUCCCUUUAAUUGGUCAAUUACUAGGAAGACUUUGUUGGAAUCCCUUUGUUGUUGGAUAUGAUGAGAGCCAGAAAACUCUAAUGUGGUGCUUAUGUUGUCUGUACAGCAAUGAACCACAGAACCCUGUGGAAUUGAAGGCUAACAGCUGGAUACUGAGUUUGCUGUGCCAUCUCCUUUCUCCGUCUGAAUGGGGAGCUAACAAAGUUGGUACUGGUACCUUUAUUUCUGCUCUUGGCUACACGUCUGCAGAUUACUAUUCUAAACUGGUUAAAAAUAUAGUCUUAUCAUUAGUGACAGAACUCAAAGGAAAUCAGUUUAAUGGACUUAACAUUCAAGGGAGAGUUUCAGAUGAUCAUGUAAAUAUAGUGUCCCUUUUCUGCGUCCCUCUUAUCACUUUGCCUGAUGUAACUCCUCUACUGGAAGCGCUCCUUACCUAUCAUGGAGGUGGAUCGCAGGAGGUUCUCAGCUCAGAGUUUUUAGAAGCUGUGAAUGAGACAUUUUUAAAGAAGAAGAUUGUCCUCUCUGAAUCAGCUGUCCUAAGCUUGUGGCUUCGUCAUCUGCCUAGCCUUGAAAAAGCAACACUGCAUCUUUUUGGAAGGUUGAUUUCCACUCAGACAAGUUCACUGGAAGAGGUAGCAUGUAUCAUAAAAGAGUCAUUACUGCCACAAGCAGCAUGCUACCCUCCCAUCUUCAGAAUUGUUGAUGAAAUUUUCAAGAAUGCACUAAUGGAAACCGGUGGAACGCCAGAAGUAAUGACCAUAAUACAGGUGUUUACACAGUGUUUUAUUCAAGCUCACCAGAAGGAUAACAAGCAGCAUAAAUUUCCUCUGAAGGCCUACUUUCCUCAUCAUCAUCAGCAUCUUGUAAUAGCCUUACUCAAACAUCCUUUUGAUUUGCCAGCUACACUCUGGUCUCAGCACCUGAAAUACAUUACUGACAUGCUUAAAGCAAUAAUAGAAGAUAAAAGCGUUAGAUCUUACACUGACCUCUUUGAGAGCUGGUUUUUGUUUGUUCACUUUGGAGAAUGGGCUGAUAUCGCUGUAGAGCAGUUGCUGAAGUCUGAAGAUGAAUCCUCAGAUACUUUUCUGUGGCUGCUGGCAUUUUACUACAAUCCAAACAGUGAUAAAGAGCAGAGGACUCAAAUUCUGGUAGAAGCUCGAGCAGUGUAUGAUCGUCUGAUGAUGCUCUUUAGCUGUACAACCCUCUCCGUCGCAGAUCUGCAGGCUGCAGCUAGCACUAAAACAGAUAAAAGGCAACCUUGCACCAAACACCUUGUUAGGCAUCUUCUGUUUAGUUUUCUGCUCUUUUCUUCUGGUGGACACAAGAUUGCCCAAGAGUUUAUUUCUCAUGUGAUACUGGCAAGCAAUACAACUAAUGAAGUUUUUGGCCUUCUUAUACGUACUGCCUACAGGUUUAACCAACUUGGAUUAAAAAACCAAAGGGUUGUGAAGCUGGUGAAUGAACUUCUUCAAGAACUAAGCUGGUGGCAGGUAAAGCUGCAGUUCAUAUGACAUCACAGUCAGAUCCUCUUAGCUGGAGGAUCUUACCCAGAUCUUAUUUCCAGUAUCAAAUGCAAGCAGGAAAAAACAGGUUGUUUGAGAGGGAAAACUUGAAACCACUCUUAUAUAUCAAGAACCAAGCAAGGGUCAAAACACUUUUAGUUUACAAUUUACUUUUAUUAUUACUGGAUGCAAACUUUCCAGGACUGAUGAUUGAUUCAUGUUUAUCCUCUGAGGGCCUUAUUCAACUCUGAGUUAUUUCCCCUUACACAAUGAAAGCACUAAGAAUGAGUAUUUGUACUUGUUCUCAGAAAACCUGUGAAAUGGGGCAUAGCUCUUUUAUGAAUAGGAUCCCUUAGUCACUACCUCUGUGGGGGAAGCUAUAUUAGAAGCCAUUGCAGUAACUCAGCAUGCUAUUAGACAGCUUCCUAAUUCUUAUUGCAUUUAAAAGACAGACUCUGAAUUGCUGACUGAAUAUAACCCAGGUAAUUAAAAAUGUGUUUCUGAAUUUUGGUGUGGUACAGAGAAUGUAGGGGAAAGAGGAGCUAUGCUCCAUUGUGUUGGAGCACACUACUGGAUCAGUUACCAGCAGAGCACUGUUUAUAGGCUUUGUGCAAGGAGGUUUUUUUUAACCCCCCCACUGUGUUGAAUUUAUUUCCAUCAGUACUCAUUAACUAACUCAUUUUUAAGUUAGUUUCUAUUUCUCCUGUACAGUAAAAGAGAGGUUAUUUCCAUUGCCUAGUGGUUAGGCACAUUAGUACAUUUAUAAUGCUAAAAUAAUUAAACCACACACAAUUUAUUUUAUUUAAUUAUUAAAAACAAAUUGUGGGUAAAUAUUUGCUCAACUCCUUCUCUCCCACCCCCCAUUUUUAAGGGUCCAAUUCCAUGAAAAGAUCAAUUUUUGGAAGCAUCUAGUAGUCUUUGCAUAGAGAGGAGUUACCUUUGGUGCCUCUACGAUACAAAUGAAGCAUCACAUGGGGAGAAAAAAGUUUUCAGUCCACUCCAUGACCAAAAUAACUGACUUACUUCUAGUCUUUUAGAUUAGGAUCUUUAAUACAUUCAAAACAACCCUCACCCUUGAUCUAAAACUCCCUUGGGAUGGUAGAGUAGACCAGCAAAGAAGUCUCUCCAAGAAAUCCACUUACUUAAUUGCCCUGGCAUGGCAGAGAUUUUCAUGCAGUUUGCUAUAGGUGCUGUGCUUAGUGUGAAACGCUUAAUUUCAGCGAUGUCUCUUUGCUGAAGUAUUUCUUCAAAUCAACAGGUCUCUUCUCAACACCUUUUUUGUAUGUGGACAUACAUAAGUUGUUCUGGUAUUUGCAAUACAGAAUUGUCAUAACACCAUACUAUAAAUCUUAACAACAAUAAGGGUCAGCAAGUGGCUUGUGCUAGGUAACUAGUUACAACCACAGUAAUGUCUUUUUUUAAGGGGUGGGGAGUAGUUGGUGCUUUUUUUCUUACAUGCUUGAUAGCAAAAAGCUGCUUGAAAAGAUAAAUACUAAGAGGUAAAUGUUUGUCAGCUGAUCGUUUUAGGAGGCCCAUAAUCCUUCCUUUGAUGUCUAGCAGGUUCAAUGAAAUCCUAGUACUACCAGCAUUUAGUAGUAGAUAUAUUAAGAUUUCUGUGCAGUAGUAAAAUUUAUAAUUGUGUCACCAUAAAGGAAUGUUUGUAAAAGCUCGCUGUAUAGUCUUAACUGUCUCAUUUUUUUCAAAGGGGGGGGUGUUCCCUCUUUAGGUUAUGAACAGUAAAUUUUAAAUAUAAUUAAGGGCCAGAUGCUUAAAUGGAGCUGAAUUACACCAUCUGACCUGGUAUUUAUUAAGUAAUUCCAAUUCAUAACUGUAUUAUUAAAGUCAUGUGACUAUCAUGUGUUCUGUCACAGGUUUCCCAAUGUAAUUUAGAAGUGUCAUGUUAACUAGUCUUCCCACACAGCAAGAGCAAAGUUACUCCUAUUAUUACCAUAAGGCAGAGUCACAUUGUAGAUGCCUACAGUUUCACCCACUUUGGUGCUAUGGCCAUUAGAUUAUCAGUCCAAGGGGAAAGAUAAUUUGUUGAGGGAGCUUGUUUUCACUUCAGCUCUUCCCAAUUUAAAAUGUUAGCAAGGCUUGUGAAAAUAGUGAUACUGACUACAUACCUUUUGUGUGUUCUACUAAAAGAAAAGAAAAAAACCCAGGAGUUCUCUCCACAAUAGUGAGGAAGCUUUUCUUCCUUAGAACACUUCACGUGUUCAAAAGCACAGUAUCACAAUCUGUACUAGAUUUGGUUUCAGACAGAAAAAGUUACACUUUUCAUAGGCACAUCUUUUUGCUUUAGGGCUCGACUCCUGUUCCUGCUGAACUGAGCCAGUAUAUAAAAUCAGAACUGAUAUCAGCUCAGUAGGCACCGGAGGACGGGUCCAUCAACAAUCUGGAACAGCAGCAGCUGUAAAAAAGCAUUUCCUGCAAACAAUACACAUUGCUAAGCAAGAAGCAUAGAGAAAUCACGGGCUAAAACUUUAUAAAGCAUAGCUUUACAGACUUAAGUUGGUUUAGAACAAACAACAUAUUUGUCUCCAACUUUUAGAAAAGAAUCGAGAUUACAAUAUGUAUAAAUUUUUCAGACUUAUUGACUGCUUCUUUGCUUGCAGCCAAACCUGACUGUUUACAGUACAUUUCUUACAUUCUUGACAGGAAAAGUCUGUUAUUUUCCAAGUCUCUACCAUCAUUUAUGCUCUGCAAGAUAGAUUUCACACACACUAUAAAACUGUACCCCAACCCACUAUGUACCUCAGCCAGCAAACUACUUUGCCUCGGGUAGGUUGACUUUUAAGAAGUUUCCCAUCUCACCUUCUCUUCAGGUGCAGAACUUAGCCACUGUGAACAAAGAGGAAAUCAAUCACUGUUCACCAAUCAGCUAAGCUCUGCACCUUGUUA